GCGACAUUACUCUCUCACUUGUGCAUAUAAUUGGCGUUCUGGUGGAUUGUUUCUUUCUUCUCUGGGCCCGGACAUGCCCACAUUCUCUCCCUCCCGCAUCCUUCGAGCCGUGACGACACAAAAGCAACACUCUGCCCCCAAAUGGUCCGAAACGCUCGCCCUCCCCCGAUCCGCAUUCCCUGCUCGGCCAACACCUGCAGAUAUCGAGAAAUACCGACAGAAAUGUGCAGAUGAUCUAUAUACGUGGCAGCGAACACAUAGGAAUGCGAGUGGAAAAGAGAAGGACUUCAUCCUCCACGAUGGACCGCCGUACGCCAAUGGUGCCGUGCAUGUCGGCCAUGCGCUCAACAAAGUGCUCAAAGAUUUGAUUCUGAGAUGGCAGCUGAGUCAAGGGAGGAGAGUGCACUAUCGACCUGGCUGGGACUGUCAUGGCCUGCCAAUUGAGCUCAAAGCACUUCAAGCGCAACGAACGCAAACAGCCCAGGCCGGCACGCUGCAGGAUGCGCCAAAGGAGGAAGCAAAAGCUGCUGCGGCUUCGCAUGCUCGUAUGAGUGCAUCCGAGGUUCGCAAUGCCGCGAGAGAGCUCGCGAGUGCCACGAUCGAGGUGCAGAAGCAGAGUUUCCGGGGUUGGGGCGUGAUGGGCGAGUGGCAUGCGCCGUACAAGACCAUGAGCGCGGAUUUCGAGAUUCAGCAAUUGGAGGUCUUCAAAGCGAUGGUGCAGAAGGGGCUCAUCUCGCGUCAUCGUAGACCGGUGUACUGGUCUCCGUCUUCAAGGACCGCGCUCGCCGAGGCGGAACUGGAGUACGAUGACAAUCACAAGUGCACGGCUGCAUUUGUGAAGAUGGCCUUUGUGCGCUUGCCUAAAGUUCUCGAGAACCAUCAAAUCUUGUCGAAGAUGGAUCCUGGACACGUAAGUGCAUUGAUCUGGACGACUACUCCAUGGACGCUCCCCGCCAAUCAAGCUAUCGCUGUCAAUCCGGGUCUGGAAUACACUGUAGUGUCGAUUGAAGAUCAUCUGGUUCUCGUCGCCAAAGACAGAAUCGAGCAUGUACUCUCGUUUGCUCCAGAAGGUACAGUUGCGACAACAAUUGUCGAAACGGUCUCUGGUGGAGAUCUGGCGGACGGCCAAGCGUGCUGCUUCAACGUCUUCCAAGGCCACGAGUCUCCAAUCCUCAAAGCCGAUUUCGUCACCGCUGGUUCCGGUACUGGAGUGGUGCACAUGGCACCUGGCCAUGGAAUGGAAGAUUAUGUAGUCUGCCGCGAGCAUGGCAUAGAUCGGAUACUUGCACCCGUCGACGAAGCGGGAAGUUUCACGGAAGAGGCGUUCCCUGCAGCUGCGCCAGAUGACUCGAUAACUGGCCUUGAUGCCCAGACUACAGGUGUCGACGCUGUACUCCGCAUUCUUCGUGAUCCUGCGCGACAUGUGGGAAUGAGUCCGUUCCAGAAACACCAAGACAUGGUGUUUGCGACUCACACAUUCACGCACAAGAAUCCUAUAGACUGGAGGACUAAACAGCCUGUCAUCGUGCGCGCCACCGCUCAAUGGUUUGCUGAUGUAUCCGCAAUCAAGGAGCGGGCAUUGUCAGCACUCAAUGGCGUCAAAUUCAUCCCGGAGUCAGGCAAGACUCGGCUUCGCAGCUUCAUUGAGGGACGAAGCCAGUGGUGCAUUUCUCGGCAAAGGGCAUGGGGCGUUCCAAUCCCGGCCCUUUACCACAAAUCUACUGGAGAGGCAUGCAUCACGGAGACGAGUAUCGAUCACAUCAUCUCCGUGAUCAAGGAAAGAGGAACAGACGCUUGGUUCUCCGAUCCUCCCGAUGAGCGCGUGUGGAUACAUCAGAGUCUGCAGGAGGACACCUGGACACGCGGCACCGAUACCAUGGACGUCUGGUUCGACUCCGGAACCACAUGGACGACAUUGAACGGCCAGCGCGCCGAUGUCUAUAUCGAAGGCACAGAUCAGCAUCGCGGCUGGUUUCAGAGCAGUCUCUUGACGUUCGUCGCCACCCACGACGAGCUGGACGAGAAGCCCGCCGCACCCUACAAAACCCUCAUCACGCACGGCUUCACCCUCGACGCGAAAGGCAGCAAAAUGAGCAAAAGCCUAGGCAACGUCAUCUCCCCCGAAGACAUCAUGAACGGCUCCCUCCUCCCACCUCUCAAAGCCAAAAAGUCGAAAAACAAGAGCAAGAAUCCCGCCAACGGCACUCCCCAAACACCCCAAUUCGACGCCAUGGGGCCCGACGUGCUCCGACUCUGGGUCGCAAGCUCCGACUACACGCGCGACGUCAGCAUCUCCAUCCCCGUCUUGCAGAGCGUACAACAAGCGCUCCAGAAGUACCGCGUGACGUUCAAAUUCCUCCUCGGCGUCGUAAACGACUAUGCCCCCCAACACCAGCACACCACCCCUCAACAACCCCUCCCCUUCGCCGACCGCGCCAUCCUCCACCGCCUAAGCGCCACAUCAGCAAACGUGCACGCCGCCUACGCAGAGUACAAAUUCCACAAAGCCGUCUCCGACCUCAACACCUUCGUCAGCGCCGAUCUAUCCGCCUUCUACUUCGAGAUCAUCAAGGAUGGACUCUACGCUGGCUCGGCUUCUGUGCGGCGCCGCACGCAGGGCGUUCUGCAUUCGAUUUUGACGGAGAUGUUGGCCAUGCUGGCGCCCGUGACGCCGCAUCUCGUGGCGGAGGUGUGGGCUUUGGCGCCGGAGGAAGUGAAGGGAAGUAGUGGGGAUCCUUUGCGGAGGGUGUGGGAUGUGCCGUUUUCCGCUGCUUCUUCGAACGGAGGACGUUGGGGCUUGAACGGCACCGAGCAAAAGGAAUUAGAGGUUUUCACGCAAAUCAGUUCCGCGGUGAAGAUUGCGCAGGAGACGGCGAGGGUGGAGGGUAAAUUGGGGAGUGGGUUGGCUUGUAAAGUGGAACUUUACCUGCCAGAUGCUACUCCGAAGGCUUUUAGUGAUUGCGUGAGUGCUUGGGAGGCAAGUGGGGAGUUGGCUGAUUCACUGGUCGUGAGUUCUGUGCGUGUUGGAAGGGGGAAGAAAGAAAGGCCAUCAGUGGAGUGGUACUAUGAGCAGGAAUUUGACAUCGCUGGGGCUGAUGGGGAGGGAUAUUCGAAAGGGACGGCGAUCAUCCUCCCGCCUGACCAUCGAAAAUGCGUACGUUGUUGGAGAUAUACUGCCGACACGGAGGAGGAACCCUGCGGAAGGUGUGGAGAAGUAUUGGAAGAGAGGAAUCGCCACUCAGGAUCAAAUGAACUUGCUGCUGCUAGUUGA